CAUCUCCCCACUCAUCUCUGCCGAAAAUCGUAGCGUUGUGCAUCUCCCUAUUCAUCUCUGCUAGUCUCCAUGACCGCGACACCUACCUGCUUCCACCAUGAUAAUAACCUCUGGCGGAAUUAUAUUGAAUCAAGUUCAAUCAAGUUCUUUCAAAAGAACGAAUACAGAAGUAAUUUUUAUGCUCGGUGAAGAGUUUGUUUCAUGAAUUACAAUAUUGGACAUAUAAAUUUAAUGACAUUAAAUUUGAAGAAAUAUUUUAUGAAUAUCGAAAGUCUUAUGUCAAGAUUUCUGCAUAAGAUUGAGACCUGAAUACAAACGAAAGACGUCUAACCUUCAAGUGAAUAAAACAAACAACCAUUUAAAAUCACAGAAAUUCAAGUAUAAUGUCUGAAAUAGGGAACAAUACUCAGCAAGAGGUUCCUGAACCUCAGGAACCAUCUGAAGAGGAUAAGCAAUUCCUGUUGGACUAUGUCAAAGAAACGGAACAGAGACUUGCUGCUAAGGAAGCUAUACGAACAGCAAAUUUGAAUGUAAGCCGACCACCUGAUUCCUAUUUCAGCAAACUAGAUUCUAGUCUCAAGAAAAAUACAACUUUUGUGAAGAAGCUGAAAAACUUUAAUGCUGCACAACUCGAUGCUUUCCUUAAAGACAUGGCUAACUUAAAUCUGACAAAGUAUGUUAGUGAGGUAGCUAUUGCUCUUGUGGAUGCAAAAUUAAAAAUGACUGAUGUCACUCCUGCUAUUAAAGCCUGUAGUUUUCUUCAUCAGACCUAUGCUGAGUUCUCAACACAUUUUUUUGAGAACUGGCAAAGAAUACUCUCAUUCAAGGUGGGUGAAAAAAUUGUUAAUCCCAGUAAGCUUAGAGUGGAUCUACGUUUCUAUGCUGAACUAGUUAAUGCUGGAAUAUUUACCCACAAACAAGGACUUUCUCUUUUGGGUUCUGUACUCACUGUUCUUAUUAAUAUGGAUAAAGAAGAACACAACAAUGCAAGCAUAAUUUUAAGCUUUUGUCGUCACUGUGGAGAAGACUAUGCUGGCCUGGUUCCUAAGAGGGUUCGAGAGCUCUCAGAAAAGCUCAAUGUAACAAUUCCAAAGAGUAAACUGCUAUCACCAGAUAAACAACAGAAUGUUAAAAUGUUACUUAGAGAUUAUUAUAACUCCUUAUGCAAACAUCUUCUUAAGGAACAUAAGGAACUUCAGGCAUUUGAGAAACAGAAUCGUAAAAUUUUACAAACACGAGGUGAACUCAGUGCGGAGCGUAAAGAAAAGUUAGAAGCACUUCAAGCAUCUUACGAACGUCUAUUAUCUGGUGUACAGAGUUUCUCUGAUACUUUGGACGAACCUGUGCCAGAACUGCCCAUUGAUGCACAAGUAAAAGCUGAGACAGAAGAUAAUCUAAAAAUGAUUAGUGAAGGAGAGGAAAAUAGUAUUCUCGAGGAUAUGUGGGGAGAUGAAGAGACAAGAAGGUUUUACGAGGUUUUACCAGACCUCACAGUGUUCCUCCCUGGUUCAUACAUGAAGGAGGUACCUAAGAGCGAUGCCCCAAUAACUGAAGAAGCUCUAGAUGAGGAGAUAACGUUUGAUGAGUUGGAAGAAAUAGAUAAAGUUGAUGAGCCAGAACCAGAGCCAGAAGAACCUCAAGUGGCGAACAUCAGCAACAAAAUACUUCUAGAUGCGUUCCUGACUAAUCUUCCUAACUGUGUAAAUCGUGAAAUGAUAGAUAACGCAGCUGUAGAAUUUUUGAUGAACUUGAAUACAAAACACAACAAAAAGAAGCUGAUUAAAGCACUGUUUGGCGUCUCGAGGAUCCGUCUUGAUCUUUUACCAUUUUACUCUAGACUAGCAGCUAUCCUAUAUACAGUAAUGCCUGAUGUCGCCAACGAACUAUGUUUAAUGUUGAAACAUGACUUCAAGUAUCACGUACGUAAGAAGGAUCAAAUCAACAUAGAGUCAAAGGUCAAGGUUGUCCGAUAUAUUGGUGAGCUUGUUAAAUUCAAACUUUAUUCGAAGAUAGAAGCAUUAUACUGUUUAAAAGUUCUACUACACGACUUCACACAUCAUCAUGUAGAGAUGGCAUGCAAUCUCUUAGAGACCUGCGGAAGGUUUCUUUUCUGUUCCCCAGAUUCUCAUCAGCGAACAAAGGUUUAUUUGGAGCAGAUGAUGAGAAAGAAAGCUGUAACUGCCCUAGAUUCUAGAUAUGUUACAAUUAUCGAAAAUGCUUACUACUUUGUAAAUCCACCGGAGUCUACUGGUGGUAUAUCCAAGAAGGAACGACCUCCUUUGCAUGAGUUCAUCAGGAAGUUACUUUACCAAGAUCUCUCGAAAACGAAUACGGACAAAGUCCUGAAGUGGAUGAGGAAGUUGGACUGGGAAGAUGAGAAUAUUUCAGCUUAUGCUAUCAAGUGUCUAACCGCUGCAUACAAUGUCAAAUAUCUAAACAUCAGAUGUGUAGGUAGUUUACUGGCUGGACUGGUCGCUCACUACGAAACAGUCGGUCCCCAUGUGGUUGACGGUGUCCUUGAAGACAUUAGAUUGUGUAUGGAGAUUAAUUUACCCAAAUAUAAUCAACGCAGGAUAGCUAUGGUUAAAUAUCUCGGUGAACUUUACAAUUAUCGAAUGGUAGAAAGUGGUGAUAUUUUCAGGACUCUGUAUCUCCUUAUUACCUUUGGGGUGAGCAUGGAUCACUCGGUACCUAGUCUUCUAGAUCCACCUGACCAUCUCUUCCGAAUUAGGCUGGUAUGUACCCUACUUGAAACUUGUGGACAAUACUUCAGUGGAGGAUCUAGCAAGAAGAAGUUAGACUACUUUUUAAUCUUCUUCCAAAAUUACUACUGGUUUAAGUUCACUGAUCCUAUCUGGACCCCGGAGAAUCCUUUCCCUGUAGGAAUUGACUAUAUGUACAAAGAUACGCUGACUAUGCUCAGACCUAAGAUGCAACUUUUCCAAAGUUACAAAGAAGCGCAGUGUGCUGUGGAUGAAUUGCGGAACACUUUGUACCCGAAUCUAGGUCUCUCUACGAAGGAUGAUACUGGAGAGCGUAACGACGGAGAAUCUGAAAUGGGUGUGAUACAGGAAGCUGAAGAAGACGUUGCUCUUACUUCAGGAAAUGGAAGUGGAGAUGCUAAAGGAAUGGCUGAACUUCAUUUCGAAGAGUCCGAAGACUACUCAGAGGCUCAAUCCGAAGAAGAGUGGCCAGUAGAUGGCGACCGAGAUGAAAAUCAUGGAACCCAAGAAAACACCCAGGGUGAUCAGAGUCUAUCCGAAGGGUGCAACGAAGGUGUUAUAAUGGAUGCGUCUGAGUUGGAUGCCGCUUUACCAGCUGGACCUCGAAGAGUCAAUUGUCCUGAAGAUGACGACUUUCUAUCAGCCUUGGACAAAAUGGUCUCCGACAAUAUUCAAGACAGGAUGAGAGACUCCGUGAAACCUCAGCAAGUCGACAUCUCUGUACCACUUCAUGUUAAGAGUACAAAAAAGACAUACGAACAACUUCAGGAAGGUCCUUCUGACACCACUACUAUGGAUUUUGUCCUGAUGCUCAGGAAAGGGAACAAGCAACAGUAUAAGAACCUAGCUGUUCCUGUCUCUUCCGAGCUUGCUUUGAAUCUGAGGAACCGUGAACAAGAACAGAAGGAAGAAAAGGAACGUGUUAAGAGAUUGACUUUGAAUAUUACUGAGAGACAGGAAGAGGAGGAUUACCAAGAAACGAUUAAUCAGGGCACCAGACCAGUCACCGUUAAUUUAAAUCGCGAACGGAGACAGAAAUAUAAUCAUCCUAAAGGCGCGCCCGAUGCUGAUCUUAUAUUUGGGCCUAAGAAGAUACGAUGAAACGCUGUAAAUCUGAUCUUCUGAAGGAUGAAGAAAUCAUUCAUAAAGUUUACACGACCUUGAACUUCUACUUCCUUUUUAAAAAGUCCAACUGUUCUUCAUAGUGUAUUUCUGUUAUUCAGAUUCAAUAUCGCAUUAGAGGAGCCACGUCCAAAAUUUGUGUAAAAUAGGAGACGUUAUAUUUGAACACUGGACUAUCUUGCGAUGUGUUGCGACAUGAACCAAUGCGAUCAUAUAAGUCUGUAUCAAAUGCUGAUUUUGUAUUAAAAUGAUAGAAGAUUCAAUGGAACGUUGUGAAUCUACUCGUGGAAAAUGAUUUAUCUACAAUAAAAAGGAAAAGAUCGUGCAACUUUGAAUUAACCUUCCUGAAGAAAGGCACGAGAAAGUAGCACCAGUUUUUUUAUUUACUGGAUAAAGUACUUUUGUAGAAAUUUUUCUUAAAACUUUUCCUUUCAUUUUAGGUAGAUAUAUAUACACAUUUCUCGUUAAGCUAUAUAGCUUAAAGAUGAAAUCGCGCGUAAGGUGAAACAACGCGAUAUUUCCGUACAAUUAAUAUAUUUUUUCUGAAAUGAUGUUGAUUGACGUGUAUGAAAAGAUAAUAAAUCAUUGUUCUUUCAAAAUA